AUGAGGAGCCACAAACUUUCUCCUUCCCGCUUCAUCAUGACAAAGUUUUUCUUUCUAGCUUUCUCUGAACAUAAGAUAAUUUCUGCAGAGCUUUCUUUGUCACUGUUUUCUUCCUUGGCUACCUGAUGAUCGGCGAGACGAAAGCCUACCCGAACGUCUUGGCUAAACGGAACUCGGAACCGAUCAACCUGUCGGCAGAUGGAGUUCUCGAGUGUCCCCACUGUACUGACAUGCAAGUUUUUGAAGUGAGUGAUCGAAUAUACUUUUAGUUCAUGUGAGUUAAACGUUUCAGCGUCUCACGGGAAUCAAUCCCGAAGCAGUUUUCGCUCCACCGUGUACUGAGUCGGACCCUUCGAAGUAUCCCAAGGUAUGAUUUUUAUAAUUGAAAAGUAGUGAAACACAAUUUUUCAGAUCUUCUGCUCCACGUGUCUCAUUGUAGAGUACAUUGUCGAUGGGACCUAUGGUUUGAACGGUCAUCAUUCAAAAUAAGAAGCUUCGAAUUUCCAGUUCACAUGCAUCGCGGCUGCAACGAGCAAAUUCAAAACACUACUGCGGGACAGAAAGUCAGUCCUUUCGUGGAUGAUGUGUUCGAUCCACGAGAGGCCUACAAAGUAUCAAGAUGGGACUCGAAUCGUGAGUUUUUCACUUUUUCCUUAAACAUGGAAAUCAUCUAUAACUUUACAGAUGACGACUGGAUCUUCACCGUCUACCGAAUGAAAAAUGGGCAUCCGAAGACUUUCUGCCAGGAAACGCCGGGAGAGUUCAUCUGCGGGGACGUGCAGAGCGCUCCUGCCGUGCCACCGAUGGCGGACCCUUUUGCUGACGACGUCUCCGAAGAUUCAUACGAAGUGAUCGAUCCUUGUGGAGCUGAACUCGACCCCAACGAGUUCCUCCUCUCCUCAUGCUGA